AUGGAAUCAAAAAAAAUUACCAAAGUACGAAAAACAACUGAUUUAACUUCUAAAGAAUUAAGUGUACUUCGAUCAACUUCAAAAUUGAGUGAUAAAGAAAUAAAACAAUGGCAUGAGGAAUUUAUUAAAAAUUUCCCAACUGGUAAAUUUGAUAAAGAUUCAUUUAUAAAAUAUUACAAAGAACUCGAUCCACAUCAAGAUGAAGCUGCAAUGAGUGCAUUAAUUGAUUCAAUCGAUACCGAUCAUGAUGGUUCAAUAAAUUUCAAUGAAUAUCUUUUUUUUACUGCUGCUAAUGCUCAUAAGUGCAGUUUAGAAGAACGACUUGAUGUUAUGUUUGAUUUAUGGGAUGUUUCCAAUGAUGGACAAAUUGAUCAAAAUGAAUUGGCUCAUCUUAUUUCAGCUAUGUAUGAUCGUGCUCAAGUAAAAAAUCGUAAAGGUGAGAAUAAUCCUCAUUCACGUGCAAAAGCAAUUAUAACUAAACUUGAUAUUAAUGGUGAUAGAAAAUUAAAUAAAGAAGAAUUUGUCAAUGGAUGCAAAAAUGAUGAAUUUAUUAGUAAACUUCUUGCUUCUAAUCAAUAA